CGCAGCUUCACACUGGUCCCUUCUCCCGUCGUGUCAGCCAGCCUCGCUCAGCAUCACCGCCUUCUUCUUUCUAUUUCCUCAAUAUUUUCUCUUCCUCUAUUAUUGUUUUCCUCCCUGCUCGAUUUUUUUUUUUAUUCCUUCCAGCGCCCCACGAACUCGGUGCGCUGCUCAAAUCUUCUUCCGGUUAUUUCCAUUUGUUAUUUUUUUUUUUUUUUUUGGCCAACCGACCAGAUUGGUCCGCCGGUAGCCGCGCGGGCAGUGGUGUCGCAUCGCAGGAAGAAAAGGAAAAAAAAAAAAAACAUCCAUCCACGACGACUGGGAGGCUGUGUCAAACCAACGCCAUCCAUACCGACACCUUCCGUGUUCGCGUAUUACCCAGCGGGCCGCGCUUUUGACCUUUUCCAUGUCUGCCUGUUUGUGUGUGCCAGAAGCCUGCAGCCUGCUCUCUCCUCCUCUUUAGCAUCUUCAGGAGGCUGCUGCUGCUGCUGCUGCUGAGCUCCAUGCUCUGCUGCAUUCGUUUUCUGCAGACCGUGGCCUUAACCAUCUGCGCCUCCUUGCGGUCCUCCUCCGCCGUCGGCCCCCGUGCCUUCUGAGCUCGCCCCCCCCUCCCGCCGUCCGUUCUCGUCGCCGUCUCCCGCCACCGCGUCCAGCUGUGGCCCUCGCAGGGCGCGCUCGCUGGCUCUCACCUGACAGGUCCCUGGCCUCAGGACGACAGCCAGCAACAACACGUUCCCUACAUGAGGGACAAAGCGACGCAGACCCCCAGGGCCUGGGCAGAUGAGAGGAGGAGGGGCUCUCACAAACGCUCGGCCUCCUGUGGGAGCACCGACCAACUCAAGGAGAUUGCCAAAUUGCGUCAGCAGCUCCAGCGCAGCAAACGCAGCAGCCGCCACCGGAGGGACAAGGACCGCAAGUCGCCGUUCAACGGCAGCCAUGCCAUCAUCCAGUCCCAGUCGCCUAUGCCCAAGACCAUUCUUAUACCAAUCCCUAUAUCCAAAUCCUCGGCUCCUCGCUUCCGCAACAGCGUGGAGGGCCUGAACCAGGAGAUUGAACGCAUCAUCAUCCGAGACACCCCCGAGAAGGACGAGACCAUUGUUCCACAGGAUGUUCCCGAUGGCCACCGCGCACCCCCGCCCGUGCCCCCGCAGCGCAGCAGCAGCACCCGCAGCAUCGACACGCAGACCCCGUCGGGGGGCGGCCUGAGCGGGAGCCACAGCAACUGCAGCAGUCGCCCGGACUCCAUCUCGCCCUCCUACCUCAGCGUCCUCAACGACACGGCUGGGGGCAGCCCCUACGAGGAUAAAGAGCUCAGUCCGUGCUCCCCGCUGCCCAAGUACGCCGCCUCUCCCAGACCCAACAACAGCUACAUGUUCAAGAGAGAACCACCAGAGGGCUGCGAGAAGGUCCGAGUGUCUGAGGAGUCCAUGCCCAAACCUCUGGAGGAGAUCCCUCCCUUCCUGUGUCCCGACCGUAACAAGGUCAACUUCAUCCCCAACAGUGGCUCUGCCUUCUGCCUCGUCAGCAUCCUCAAGCCCCUGCUUCCCGCCCCGGACCUCAACUUUCGCCCGGGGGUGGGCCUGCGAAGCCUGUCCCCGUCCCUGGUGCCUCUGUCCACCCAGCCCUGUCUCCUGGAGGAGCCUGAGAGCUUCUGACUGCUCCCGUUGGCCUCAGAGUCAACCCGCCGCCGUCUGCUAAAUCAGAAAACAUUACGGAAUCGACCCUUUUGCUCCUGAAACGACAACAACAAACAAAAAAAAGGCCUUUAGCAUGCCAGCUAAGCUUUCUCUGAUGUCCUUCUUUUGUUAAAAAGCUCUUCCCACUGCCUCCUCCUCUGACGUGAGACUCCUGCCCUCCUGAGCAGGCGUUUGUAGCUCACAUUUCAUCGCUUUCUUCUACAGCACUGGUUCCGCUCCUGUUCUUCUGGGCAGGAAACGGGCGAAAGGGACAGAUUUUUUUUUUUUUUCUUUGGUUUCAUCGUAUUAUACCAUUGCGCCUUUUCCACGGACAUAUCUCUUUUUCUAUCUACGGUUGUUUGUCUUGAUAUAAAUUAUGCCUUCCAUUAUGAAAAAAAAAAAAGGCGGCUGGUUUCCAUGGGAGACCACCACGAUCGACCGCGAAGGCUAACUUUGGUGCUGCCAGAUGUAUCGUAGCAUACCUUUGAAGGGACGUGAGAAGUUACAAAAUGUGCCUGAUGUUUCAGACCGCAGUUUCCCUGAACCGUCAUAAUGCUGUGAUCGUCUGUGAUCUUUAGCGUAAUUAUGAUCAUUGCACUAUGAAGGCCAUAGGUACCAGCAGUAAGCCAGAUAAAGUACAAACAGUAUAUCCUU